CAUGUUUGUUUUAGCACCAGUCCUGAACAGUGUUAGGCUCGCUCCUAACAUUUAUGGCAUUGAAAAGUAUCUCUGGUUCUUCCCUCUGUUUCCAUGCCCCUAUCCCGCCAACGUGAGAAAUCCUGAGAUUGUCAUAUUCUAAGGAGUGCAGUGGGAUUCAACAAGCGCACUAGAGGUGACUUGCUAAGAAGGGAUGAAAUUACAGGGCCAGGAAAAAAACCACAACCCUACUGUUGGCUUCUGAUAAGCCAGUCAAGAGCAGUGUCAGCCUGCAGCAGUUCCAGCCUCCUGGCAACCCAAAGGAGCACAGCUGGCCCUGAUGGAAGCUGUCUGAUUGACUGUGCUACCUGAUUGGCUGCCAAUUCCUGCAACCUGAUAUCUAGACUCUGCAGUGGCCGCAGCAGCAGCAGUCCAUGCUCAGUGUCCAGGGCCGGCUCCAGGCACCAGCGAAGGACGCAGGUGCCUGGGGCAGCCAAUAGAAAGGGGCAGCACUCCGUCCGUCAUCGGGGCGGCACGUCCGGGUUUUUGGCGGCAAUUCGGCAGCAGGCCCUGCAGUCCCUCUCUCCCUCUUCAGCCGCACUUCGGCAACAGCUCAACCAGAUUCUGCUGAGCUGCUCCCUCAGUGAUUCACGAAAUUGCUCUCCCACUAUCCUUCACCAGCACAGACUGUCAAAACUGAAGCUCCACGUGGCUGUAAAAAACGCUCUCCCUCUUGAGAGCGUAGCUCAACAGCUAAUGCUUCCAAAGGGCCAGCUUGGUUCUUUCGUUUCUGAAAGCUUCCGUGGCUCCAAAGCAAAUAUUCUGAGCUCACCUCCUAUCUUGAGGCCCAAGAGCUCCCGUGGAGGGAAUGGGAUGUGUGGUCCUAAUUCAGCAAAGUACAUAAGCAUAGCCUUAAGUCCCAUGGAUUUCAAUGUCACUAAAACCCAUGCUGUAGAGCUUGGCUGAAUCAGGACCAACGUGUGAGGAGAAUUUGGCCCUUGAUAUGUGUGAUGGUUUGGGGAACCUGUAUGAAAUUCUGGUUGAUUAUUAAGUUGUUACUAUGAAAAUGGCUGUAUCAUUGAAUUCCCCUGUGUAAAUGUGCUAGUGUGGGGCUGGGUCUCUGGCCCUGCCAGACUGUGGCAAUAGCCAAUAGUUAAGGACUAUCAACACCUCAGUAGGCCUUACCUGGGGAGAACAGAAGAGUUACUGCUCUCUAGGGCAACACAGUUCUCUCCAAAUUCCCUCAACAGGGAGCGGAGGAAUUGGAGAGGUUGGAAAGGGGAAGAUGCUGGGGCACACACAGGAAGUUUGAGCUGGAGAGGGAUACGAGACAAACCAAGGUCAGAGAAGAAGAGCCAAAUACAAACAUACACUGCAACAGAAGGAUGGUGGACAGCCCCAAAGGAUUCUGACCCCCUUGCAAAGAAUGCUCCAGAGAGGCUGUCAAUGCCAUUGGGAUGUCAUGCCUCUGUCUACCCUACUGGGGUGCUGUAAAGAUAAACGACAACACCCCAAAAUGUCCUUAACCAGUCUUCUGUGAAGUCUUUCCUUGAAGAACCCUGCAAGAUUUCUGCACAUCCUUCUAAACACAAAGAAAAGAAGGUUCGGAAAUAUUUCCACUUUGCAAUGUCAAGUCUUGAGACCACUCUUUGGUGACAAGGGUUCGGUGACUUGGAUCUCUCUAUUGAUGACUUCUUCAGAAUAAGGCAUAGUUGGAGAAAUCAGCACUUGGCCAUGUUCUUUAAUAUAAGGAGAUGCACAUCUCCUUGCUGAGUCGAUUUCUGGGAGAUGCUGCAUGAAAUCCAUAUCAAUGGACGAGGUUCAGAAGAAACUAAGCCAGAGGUGUGAGGCAAGACCCCGCAAAGUGAGGUUCAAAAUCUCUUCGGCAUACAGUGGCCGGGUGUUAAAGCAGGUCUAUGAAGAUGGCCAGGAACUGAAGCCUCCAGAGGAAGAAUCCCCUCACCGUUUUCUCCACCACAGCUUUGAGUCAGGGGACCAUUUCAACAGGGUUGGAGAGGCACCAGAAUCCAGGUUUUAUUCAUCAGCCAAACUGACUGCGCAAAGGAUCAGUGUAUUCAAAGACGGUACCAAGUACAAUCUAGCAAGUAACCCUCCACUCUUCAGUGACUACCAAGCAAGUGAUAGUCAUCGCAGGCCCUCCCCCAUUUUAGAUUUUGGCAGGAUUGUCAUCUACACUAGUAACCUGAAAAUCAUCCGCACACCAAUGGACAAGAAGGAGUUGAUGAGAAAAAUCAUCCAGAACGAGGGCACUGAUGACUGGUCCUUCAUGUCCCGAGAUGGGAAGGAAAGGGAUGGUCAUCAAAUCAAUGGGUGUGUGAAAGAUGCAGAAAACCAACUUGCUGACAACCAGUAUGUGCAGGAAGGACACGCUGAACACAAUUGCUCCCAGUGUAAAGGAUCAGGCUCAGCCCCCUGCUCUCUGUGCCAUGGAAGCAAGUUUUCAAUGUUGGCUAACAGAUUUAAAGAGUCCUACAGGGCUCUCCGAUGUCCUGCUUGCAAUGAAAAUGGCCUGCAACCUUGCCAGGUCUGUGCCCAAUAAUCGUAUCUACCAUCCCUUCAAUUACAUAUGCGUAUCCAGGUCAAUGUUUCACUGAAACCUUAGUACACAUUAUCUAUUCUUCAUAUAAGAAAGCAACCAGUGUAUAACAGCAGGUUAUUAAAAAGUGGCAAGAGUGCAUUGUGCACACCCCUAAAUCUACAAGUAAACCUACUCCUAUUACUGUUAUUCCACCCCCCUCCCCAUCAGUUUGUCUGUACAUGCCCCUGUUGCGUCUUCUAAUUAAAUUAGGCCCCAAUCCUGCAAACACUUAUACAUUGUGCUUAAUUUGACAUGUGAGCAAUCCAGUGAAGUCAAAGGGACUACACAUAUUUAUAACUUAAGCACAUGCUUAACUCUGUAGGGUGGGGAAUGCAUGUUUACAUAGUGCCUGGUGCAGUGGGGCUGCAAUGCUUGUCUGGGCCCUGUAGGUACUCCUGUAAUAAAAUAAUAACACUAAUAAACAGCAGAAGUAGCUGUACUUUAAGCAUGUGAGUAACUUGUCAAAUUACAAAAUGUUUGUAUAAAAACAAUGCUGCAUGUUGGCAAAACCUCCUCUUAGAUUUAAUUUGGUGGACAUUUUAAACUGAUACUUUAUUGUGCAAUUCACUCGACCCUACAGUGGAUUUCCUGCAGAUUUCAAAUAUAGUCUGAUGAUACACAGCAGUUCUCCCAGUGUAUGAUUUAAGUAGCUGACUAGAGCCUGUCUCCAGGUCUGAAACCUUAUUGAGAAAUUACCAUGGGGAAAUUAAAAAUAGAAAAACUGGAGCAUUUUAUAGCCUGAUCCUGAGAAGUGCUGACCCACAGCUCCCAUUGAUGUUAAUGGGAAUUGAGGGUAUUCAGCUCUGCUCCGGAUCAGGCUGUUGGUGAACAGGGCUCCUGUUGCUUCGUAUUAAUCCCAUGUUGUAAUUUGCAAAAUAUAAACUCUAAUUACUUUAGCUGAAGCAGUGAUGUUAAAUUGUUAGCAGGCUACCAGUGGCAGCACAGGACACAAGGGCUUCAUAAAAAGUGGAGGCAAACAGGGGAAAUGCUUUUUGUUUUCUAAAAGCUUAUUACACUUGAUAUUCUUGGGUAAUGUUAAUGAAGGUUUAACUUGCAUAUUACCUCUGAGACUCUGAAUUAACAGGCUUUUUACAUGCUCUACAUGCUGAGGUUGCAAGCCUAGACAGAGUAAUUUAUGGUUGAGUUUGUACUUUGGCAUGUGUAUGUUAUAAGAUUUCUCUGAGACAGCUGCUUUAUUAGAAAUAAUGCCAUCCUAGUUUUCAGAUCUUCUGAUGUUUGUAACUGAUAUCAAAACUAUGCUUUUAAAAAAGUGCAUAAUAAUAUCGCAGAUAAUUUACAAAAAGAAAAGGAGUACUUGUGGCACCUUAGAGACUAACCAAUUUAUUUGAGCAUAAGCUUUCGUGAGCUACAGCUCACUUCAUACUCAUGAGUUUCCACAGUAUGCAUCCGAUGAA